AUGCGCAGUGCUCUCAACAUUGUCUACCUCCGACACAGCGGGCCAAACCCCCCUCUUCUACACCACGAUGAAGCACAUCACGCAGCAAUGCGCCACUCCACCUCCUUCCACUCUGACCACUCUGCCGCACACUGCCCUGGCCCGCACGAAAUCGUGCGCGCAUGGCCAGGUGGUAGGACACAGCGUGUUGAUGGGCGUAGCUGGCAUGGGCAUAUCCAAAGAUGGUCAUGGACCAGGCAAUGGCAUCUGCCAUCUUGA